AUGCAUUUCUUGAAAUUGUUAAACACUGUAUACUAUCUUCUUAUUUUAAAUAACUUAAAUAAUUUGUGUUGCCAUGGUAACCAUACGAUCAAACAGUUCCAAACAAUCUGUUACAACCGGAUCAUGGCACUAUUAACUUUUCACUCAACUCCCCUUGUGCAAGAAUACCAAUCAACCUGGAUUUCUCGAGCAAGUUUCUUUGCUUGCCUAUGUUUUCUAGUUUGUGCUUUUGCUCCUUUUCUAGUUGCAUAUAGUAGUCAUGGGUUUUGGGUAAAGCAUCACGUGCACCGAGAAAAGCCCAAUGUCAGCUUCAAGUACCAAGCAUUAUUGUUAGCUCGCUCGCCAACCAGCGAAAUCACCUGGAGUACAUUCGCCGAAUAUAAUUUGCUAAAUAGCCAAUACUUGCAUUUUCCAUCAAUAACUGUCUCGGAAAGAGAUGAAAAUGACGAUGGAUUCAUGGACGGGCUAGACUUGAAGUUGGAAUUCGAGAGUUAUGAGACAAUUAACUUUAUUAAUAUGAUUUUAAUAUUUUCUUAUCGACUUAAGGACAUCUCAACCAUAAAUAUGGAAUCGUUGGGCGUAAUUCAGUACGAUUCUGGAAUUCCUUUAACUGGCUUGCAUUUCGUGGGCGAUUUACAAUGGGUCCAGAAACGCAUGGUCGAAUUUCGGCAAACCGACAACCGUUAUAAUCAGACGAUCGUGAGACAGUUUGAGAUAUCAGACCUGCUUAGAGCUUACAACGCUCGUGAUUGUAUGCAACUGAAAUAUUACAUUGUCGUCAGAUUAAAGUUACUGUUUUUCCACACAGAUGGAACCGAAUUGCUCAAUGGACACUAUUUACCGAUCCACGGUCCAAGCGAUGGCUUAGUUAGAAUCCAUACGUACAUCCGUUAUACCGAAGCAAUGUUGGAAUACGCACCUGGACUUUGGAAUGUUUUGAAAUGGGCUUGGAUACAGUACGCUUCUGUAUUGUUGGUUUUUGUCUACGCGAUGGGUGUAAUAAAAAACGUCGUUUUUAGCCAACAGAUGGUUCCAACAUGGAAUGAGAAACGCAUUAAAACUGUAGCCGAUGAUUCAAGACAUUAACUAAAUGUAUUUUAUGUUUGCUGU